AUGGAAAAGGGCGCAUGUUUCUCCUGCUUGACCCGAGGUCACCGAGUAUCUGAAUGCAGAAAGAAGAAGAGGUGCAGUGUUCAGAACUGCACAAGGGUUCAUCACCCAACUCUACACGAUGACUCGAUAGCGAGCAAUGAUGUAGUCACAACUACAACAGUGAACAACCACACUGUUGCUUCUUCGAAGAGAAAUGAGGCGUGUCUACUUCAACUGAUGAAGAUAAAGGUUGGACCCACGCAUAUGAAUGUGUUGUGGGAUGGGUGCGCGACAUCCUCACUCGUCACCAACACCGCCGCCAAAGCAGCAGGCUUGAGAGGCACCCCCGCCAGAGUGUCUAUAACUAAGGUGGGCGGAGUGACAGAAGAGAUUGACAGCUUUCGCUAUGCAGUACCCCUUGUCGACGGGCAGGGAUACACGGUCAACAUUUUCGCUUAUGGGAUUGACCGCAUCACAGCUGACAUAGAGAAUAUAGAUGUACACCGCGUGCCGAGUCUUUUCGAUGAUGUAAGCGACACGGAGAUUGAGCGACCCCGAGGCCAGGUAGACUUACUCAUUGGGUUUGAGUAUGCAGGGUACCACCCAACGAGGCUGAAGGCAGUAGACCAUCUACUCGUUCUGGAAAACAGAUUUGGGAAAUGUCUAGGUGGCACCCACCCAGCCAUCACUGAGAAGACGAGACGUGUCAUCGCUUCAGCUGCCAUGAUCCAUCAUGUUUCAGCUUGCAGCCUAGAGGAAUUCAUUCGGCUUGAAGGCAUGGGAGUUGACUGCAAUCCUCGUUGCUGUAGCUGCAGAUGUGGCAAGUGUCCAAUUGGUUCCAAGGAUUUCACCUUGAAGGAGGAGAGAGAGCUUGCCCUGAUCGAGCAGAAUCUGACGUUCCAUGGCUCCCACUGGGAGGCGAAGUACCCCUGGAUCAAGGAUCCUGCCAACCUACCCGACAAUAGACAUGUUGCCGUUGCAACACUGAAGGCACUCGAAAAGAGACUCAACCAUGACCCUACCAAAGCCGCCACUUAUGAUGCACAGAUCAAGGACAUGCUAAAUCGAGGUGUUGCACGUGAAAUGUCCAGAGACGAGAUGGCCUCAUACGAAGGACCAGUUCACUACAUAUCCCAUCAUGAGGUACUCAAACCAGAGAGCAAGAGCACUCCUGUACGAAUCGUAUUCAACAGCAGUGCCAACUAUAAAGGGCACAUUCUUAACGAUUACUGGGCGAAGGGACCCGACGUCAUGAACUCGCUCCUUGGUGUACUACUUCGCUUUAGAGAAAACGAAGUUGCUUUAGUGGGAGACAUCCGCAAGAUGUACCACAGCAUCUUCACAACUAUGAAGGACCAGCACUGCCACAGAUUCCUCUGGCGAGACUUGCAGAUGAAUCUAGAACUAAAGACGUACUGCAUGAGAGUGGUCAACAUGGGUGACAGGCCGUCUGCUACAAUCGCUACGGUAGCACUGAAAAAAACUGCCGAACUUGGCAAGGGGGAAUACCCCGAAGCUGCUGAAACGAUCGAGAGGAACGUAUAUGUUGAUGACAUCCUCGAAUCGGUGGGGACACCAGACAAGGCCCGAGCUCGUGCCACAGAGAUUGACCGACUAAUCAAGCCCGGAAACUUUGCCGUCAAGAAGUGGGUGUUCUCAGGGGAAGACAGUGACACUGCUGACCAAGAGUGGCCCAGCGCAGAGAGCAGCGAAAAGGUACUCGGCGUAUCAUGGAACCCCAAGAAGGACGUGUUCCACUUCAUCACCAAGAUCAACUUCACCCCCAAGAAGAAUAGGAAGAGACAAGGGCCUGACCUGAAAAACGAUCAAAUUCCAGCAGAAAUUCCAGCUGCUUUGACUAAGAGGAUGUGCUUGAGUCAAGUGAAUGGAAUAUACGACCCGCUUGGUCUGGUGGCACCUUUCACUAUCAAAGCGAAGAUGCUACUACGCAAGAUGUGGGGUUUGAAGCUUGAUUGGGACGAGGCCAUGCCAAAUGAGAUGAGAAUGGAGUGGCUUACUUUCUUCAAGGAGCUGCGCGACAUUACCACGAUAUCCUUUUGUCGUUGCAUCAAGCCAGAUAACGCUGAGCCCACGGUGAAGCCAAUAUUGGUUGUAUUCUCCGAUGCCUCAGAGCAAGCCUUCGGCACUGUGGCCUACGUUCGCUGGUUGCUCAAGGAUGGUUGUUUCGCCUGCAACCUAGUAGCUAGCAAGACCCGCAUCGCCCCAAUAGAGAUAGCCAGCAUCGUCAGACUUGAGCUGAGCGAAGCUGUACUGAAUAAACGUCUGGCGUGCUUCAUCAAGAAGGAGACGAGACUGGAGUUCGAGAAGGAGUUUCAUAUUGUUGACAGUGAGAUCGUGAGAGCCAUGAUUCAGAAGCAGAGUUAUGGAUUUAAGACGUUCGCUGCUACCCGAAUUGGUGAAAUUCAGGAGGCCACCGAACCUCAAGAGGAGGAUUAA